CCAUUUUUCAAUCUACUUUAAAUCUACUAAAAGAAAUUAAUUGAUUGAAAAAAAGUGCGCAAUAUUUUUUAAUUUUUUGAGAUCUUCAAAUUUGAAUUAGGUCCCACGUUAAUGGCGAUGAGCUUAACACACCAGAUCGGAGCACUCUCAGGAACACCACUUCCGGUGGAAACAACCGCAACAAACACCGGAGAUUCAUCAUCGACACUGAACGCAUCGGCGGUGUGGAAAUCUCCAACACCGGCGCUAAAAUGCAAAGUGACACGCCAAAGCGGUGACCUAACCGACAUGCUAUCACCCCCAGUGAGCCCAUGUCGGUCUCCCCUAAGAGCUGAUCUAACCGCAGCAUGCCAGGCAUUUGCAACUACGGAACAUGAAACCGCGGUUGAAAACGAGUACAAGAUAUCUUCAAAAGAUAAGCACGAGAAAGGCGUGCCGGUUUACGUGAUGAUGCCGUUGGAUAGUGUUAAGAUGGAUAAUACAGUGAAUCGUAGGAAAGCGAUGAAUGCGAGUUUACAAGCGUUGAAAAGCGCGGGAGUAGAAGGGAUAAUGAUGGAUGUGUGGUGGGGUUUGGUGGAGAGAGAUAAUCCUGGGGAGUAUAAUUGGGGUGGUUAUGUUGAUUUGAUUGAGAUGGCUAAGAAACAUGGGUUGAAGGUUCAGGCUGUUAUGUCAUUUCAUCAGUGUGGCGGUAACGUCGGCGACUCCGUCUCAAUUCCUUUGCCAAAAUGGGCAGUGGAAGAAAUGCAGAAGGAUCCGGAUUUGGCAUAUACUGAUCAAUGGGGCAGAAGAAAUUUUGAGUACAUAUCACUUGGUUGUGAUACCCUUCCAGUCUUGAAGGGACGAACACCAGUGCAAUGUUAUUCAGAUUUUAUGCGUGCUUUCCGAGAUCAGUUCCAACAUCUCCUUGGCGACACCAUUGUGGAAAUACAAGUAGGGAUGGGUCCUGCUGGUGAGCUGCGAUACCCUUCAUAUCCGGAACAAGAUGGAACAUGGAAGUUUCCUGGAAUUGGAGCCUUCCAGUGUUUUGACAAGUACAUGAUUAGCAGCUUAAAAGCUGCCGCAGAAGCUUUUGGUAAACCAGAAUGGAAUUCAGGUCCAACUGAUGCAGGCCACUACAACAAUUGGCCGGAAGACACUCAGUUCUUCCGUAAAGAAGGUGGAGGCUGGAACAGCCCCUAUGGCGAAUUCUUCCUCACUUGGUACUCCCAAAUGCUCUUGGAUCAUGGCGAGAGGAUCCUCUCCUCAGCCACUGAAAUCUUUAGGGACACGGGUGUCAAGAUCUCAGUGAAAAUUGCUGGUAUUCACUGGCACUAUGGGUCCCGCUCCCAUGCCCCUGAGCUGACGGCUGGGUACUACAACACAAGGUAUCGUGAUGGGUACCUUCCUAUUGCUCAGAUGUUGGCGCGCCAUAAUGCUAUUUUCAAUUUCACUUGCAUUGAGAUGCGUGAUCAUGAGCAGCCACAAGAUGCUUUAUGUGCUCCCGAGAAGCUUGUGAGGCAAGUGGUUUCAGCCACUCAAGAAGCACAAGUUCCAUUAGCAGGGGAGAAUGCUCUGCCACGGUAUGAUGAACAUGCACACAAGCAGAUUUUGAAGGCCUCUGCAUUAGAGGUGGAUGAAAACUCAGGCGAAAGAGAAAUGUGUGCAUUCACAUAUCUGAGGAUGAAUCCGGACUUGUUCCAAGCUGACAAUUGGAGGCAAUUUGUGGCAUUCGUGAAGAAAAUGAAAGAAGGAAAGGAUGCAAAACGAUGCUGGGAGCAAGUUGAGAGAGAGGCCGAGCAUUAUGUGCAUGUUACACAGCCUCUCGUUCAAGAGGCUGCUGUUGCUCUCAUGCACUAGGUGUUGAGUUUAGAGAAUACAAGGAGUACUUACAAUAUCAAUUUUUACUUCAUUUAUCCAAAUCAAUUUGUAAUGUAAGCCAUGAUAUAAAUGUUCAACUUCUUUUACUUCUGAUCAGUACCCCUUUUAUUAUUAUGGGGACUGUUUACUAUGUAAAAAUCAAACCAUUAUCAUAUAAAUCUACGAAGCCUGAAUAUAAAUUUGUAUGACCUGAAAGCUUGGUCUGAAUA